AUGUCCCGCAAAGGCGUCGGCAUCGCCGCCUUCGACCGCUCCCGCAUCACCUCUGCCCAAUUCGCCUCGCACGGCUCCUCCCUCCGCGCCACAAACGCCCAGGCCCUCGAGACCCAGCUCGCCGUCUUCCGCUCGCUGCUGCAGCAAUUCGCCGCCACGCACGCAAAGGACAUACGCUCCGACCCGUCCUUCCGCGCCCAGUUUGCGCGCAUGUGCUCCGCCAUCGGCGUCGACCCUCUCGCGAGCUCAAACAGCCACAACAGCAACUCCUCUGGGUCUUCCGUCUGGGCGCAGCUGCUGGGCAAGACGGUCAACGACUUUUACUUUGAGCUGGCGGUGCGCAUUGUCGAGGUCUGCGGCGCGACGAGGGCCGAGAACGGCGGCCUGAUUGGGCUCAAGGAGCUGAGGGAUCGGGUUUCCAAGGGACGCAUGGAGGGCGCCGAUUCGAUUAGCGACGACGACGUGCGCCGCGCCGUGGAGACGCUCAAGCCGCUCGGUGGGAGCUAUGCCGUCGUCACUGUCGGUAGGAAGGAGUACGUGCGGAGCGUGCCGCGCGAGCUGAGCACCGAUCAGGCGGCUGUGGUGGAGGCGGCGCAGGUGCUGGGGUACGUGAGCGUGAGCAUGCUGCGGGAUAACCUGGGGUGGGAGGUGGCGAGGUGUAAGACGGUGAUUGAGGAUUUGAUGGCGGGAGGCAUGCUCUGGGUGGACAAGCAGACAAAGGGGGAGUGGGAGUACUGGAGUCCGGGUGUCAUGGCUGAUACGGACGGUGGCGAUGCGGGACCUUGA